CUUCUCCUUGCACCGAGCAACAAGACCCAAGCCACCGACACACCUCCCCUUGAAAACUGGUAAGAAAAGCUUGAUUUUGCCCUUCUUUUCUUGUUUAAGAACCAGAUUUGGAGCUUAGAAACCUCCCCCUCUGCAGAAAAAUCCCAGAUCUGCCUUGCUCUGUUCCUUCCGUCUGUUGCUCCUGCUUUGUGGGGGCGAAUUGCUUUGGUUUCUAGUAAGAAACAGCCACCAAUUUCUCUGUUCUUCCUUAAAUUGGCUUGGGUUUACCUUAAUUUCUCUUGGUUUCUCCAAUUUCCGGUAGAUUCCCCCUGAAUUUUCUGCACUUCUCGUCGGCUCCUCCCUCAAUCUGCAGCUUUGGUUUGCUUGCUGAAAUUCUGGUUCUUGAGUGUUCUGUCACCCGAGUACUUGGCUUGAGUUCCAGAGUGAGGUAAGUAAAUUUAUGGUAAUGCUCGUACAGUUUUUAAAAGCAUGUUUUGACUUGUUUUUGAAGUGAUGGCGGGACUAAACCUGUUUUAUACAAAAGUAAGUAUGACUGAUUUGAAAUGAAAUUUUUAUGCUUUUCAUUAAAUUGAGCAUGCCUACUCAAAAUUUAAUUGAUUGUCCUGAUGAUCUGAAAGUGAUAGGUGAAUUAUGGUUUUUCUGUUAACUUUUACCUGUUUUGUCUCCGAUGUAGUCAUGUUAUUAGUGUGCCCGCUAGUGGGAGGUUUAAAAACACUAGCACAUGUCGACAUGUUAUUGAUAGAACCGGUUUAUUCGAGUGACCCUGCUAGUGGGGGUUAUACACCAGCAAAUAGUGUAGCCUGCCAAUGGGAGGUUUAUAACACUAGCCACGACCUAUAGAAGGGACGUCUAUUUCGUUCCGUACUGUAUCCGUUUUUCAUGAUUAUACUUGUUGGCAUGCUAUAAGUUUAAUUAAGGGCUAUCCAUAUUUAUUUACUGAGUUUAUCUCAUAGUUUUUCCUUGUCCACCAUUUCAGGGAGCAAAGUCAAAGACAGGAAAAACGAGGGGAGUGACAAGUUAAAAGGCUAGCCAUCUUGUAAAUUGAAUAUAGAUUUUAGAUAUAAAUCAUGAUCUUGUAAACUAGACUUUAUUUGGAGAUUUUAUGAUAUUAAAGCAAAUUUUAAAAUUUUAUCUUCAGAUUUUGUGGUAUCAGAGUACGGUAUGAUAAGUUUCGAGCGUUGUGCAUUUGUGGGACCCUCUCACAAGUGUACGGCAUCUGUCACGUCCCCGAAUUUGGGUUCUGGGUCAUGACAUUAUAAACAAUCAAAAAAACUGGCUAACAAGAGUAGGAGGUUGAAGAAUGAGUUCAUGGGUUGAAACCAUCAGUAGCAAAACCUAAUCGUACAUUACGAGGUUCUUUUUUAAAAGAAGAAUGCAUUUCAUCAAAAUGUCUCCAUGCUUUUGAUUGUGUUGGAUGAAUGAUCUCAUCCGUAUCACCACAGCAUUUCAAAUGCCAUGUCAUGUGCUCAGCUAUUUUUCAAGACAUGUAUAGCCUCUGAAGGUGAGGUAUUAUUGGCAAAUACUAAAGAGAAUUUCUCGAA